GCCACAAGGAAAGAAGGAAAGGAAAGAAGGCGUCUUCACGGCUCAGCCAUGUAUGCUGAGAAAAUUGUGACGGACGGGAAGAUGGGUGGAAAGGCCAUCUCUCUGACCUGUGUGCUGACACCUUGCCGCGUGGUCGGCGUGUGCGUGAUACUGAUGACUUUGGGAGCCAUCGGAGCUGCUGUGUGGGCCGUAGUCACAUAUUGCACAAUGGAGGAAGACAUGGGGCUGUAUGAUGUCCAGGUGAAUUCUGCUGACCAGCGUCUCAGAGUCUUUGACACUGCCCAGAGAAGGUGGCGUCAGGUGUGUUCCUCUUCAGCCAAUGAGCUGCUGGCGAGCAUCAGCUGUGAAGAAGUCGGCUUUGUCAGUGUGGUGAACUACUCCGUCACGUUAGUCCAAGAGGGCAGCAGUGAUGGUGGCGACUACUUCUGUGUCAGAGAAGAUGAGCUCAGCUUUGGCAAGAAAAUACAAGAUUCGUUGUUCCCAUGUGACUGUGACAGCAGGGAGGUUCUCACAUUGUUGUGCCAAGACUGCGGCAGGCGUAUUUUUGCAGCAGACCGUAUAGUCGGUGGUGUGGAUGCCAGGCAUGGCAACUGGCCCUGGCAGGUCAGUCUGCAGUAUGAUGGAGUUCAUCGCUGUGGAGGAUCCAUCAUCUCCAGCCGCUGGAUCGCCUCUGCAGCUCAUUGCUUCCCAGGACACUUCCGCGUCAUUCACCGCUGGCGUGUGCUGCUGGGCUCCAUCUAUAAUAAGCCAGUGAACAUCAGCGUGGCGGAGGUGAAGACCAUCGUUUACCACAGCAGCUACCUGCCCUUUGUGGCUCAUAACAUUGAUGACAACAGCAGGGACAUCGCUGUCCUGGCUCUCAGCCAACCUCUCACCUUCAACGAAUAUAUUCAGCCUGUUUGCCUGCCAGCAUAUGGACAAAGACUGAUAGAUGGACAGGUGGGCACAGUAACCGGCUGGGGAUACAGAGACAGUCACCAUGCUGCAGAUGUUUUACAGGAAGCAAAUGUCGCCAUCAUCAGCGACACUGUGUGUAAUGCGCCUGAUUACUAUGACAACCAGAUCGCCACCGGCAUGUUCUGUGCUGGAUACGAGAAGGGCGGCAUUGAUGCCUGUCAGGGUGACAGCGGCGGUCCUUUUGUGGCUGAGGAUUGCUUGUCCAAGACCAGUCGGUACCGUCUGCUGGGGGUGGUGAGCUGGGGCACGGGCUGUGCCAAACCCAAAAAGCCAGGGGUCUACACCAGAGUGUCACGCUUUCUGCCCUGGAUAUCUGCUGCCAUGAGGAAUUUUCACAAUGUGCCUGGUGUUCACAAAAUGGCCCGGACGUGAGAAUGCUGGACUUUUAUGGAUCUCAACCUUUUCUGCUCUUGAUACAAUGUGAAGCAAUGGUGGGAUGAAAGGUGUUACUUUUUGCCCCCUUUGGUACCAAAAAUGGUUUUCUGAGGCUUAAUGCACCUUUGAGCAUUUUGACCGUUAA